UUUUUUACAUCGCCCAUCCGUCCAGCCGAUCACCAAGCGCGCUCUGCUGGUCCGCCGUUCUUUAAGUCGCAGGACACCAGCUUCGUGCCCCUCUCCUUUCCUCAACUUUCGUUUCUUCUCGCUCCAUUUCCCGGUCCCAUCUGCCUUCGCGACAAUGGCUCUCCCCUCCUGGUUUUUCAAGCUCAGCGCCCUACUGGCGAUCGCCUUGCCUGUGUACUACCUCAUCGAGAAGAACCUGGACAAGUUCUACAUCUUCGAUCAGAAUGAGCUGCACGAGCUCGCCCAGCGCGCGAUCGCGCACAGCCCGGAGAACACCAAGGAGAUCGUAUCGUACAUCCUUAACGAGCUCCGUGAGAAGCACCUGAACUACGUCAAUGUGCACGAGGAGUGGAUGUUCAAUAACGCGGGCGGCGCGAUGGGUGCCAUGCACAUCAUCCAUGCCAGCAUCACCGAGUACCUCAUUAUCUUCGGCUCCACCGUCGGCACCGAAGGCCACAGCGGCCGCCACACGUCCGAUGACUACUUCAUGAUCCUCUCCGGCACUCAGCUCGCCUACGCCCCAGGUCCCGGUGUCUACGAGCCCGAGGUCUACCCCCCGGGCUCCAUGCACCACCUCGUCCGCGGCACCGUUAAGCAAUAUAAGAUGCCCGAGGGCUGCUUCGCGCUCGAGUACGCGCGCGGCUGGAUCCCGCCGAUGCUGUUCUUCGGGUUCGCGGACGGGCUUACGAGCACGCUGGACUUCGGGACGCUAUGGACUACUACGCGCGCCACCGCGCGGGAGAUGAUCGGGAACUUGUUACGGGGGAAGCUCUAAAUGUCCCGUCGAAAUCGUUAGGGAUAUGGCGCGGUUGAACUCUGGAUACUGAGGAUAGGGGCGAAGGGUAUGGCUUCGAU